AAACAUCCUCAAUGUUGUGAUUUUUCCAUUGAAUGAAAACAAAUAUUUGCACGACUUUUUUAAUACAAAUUAUCUCUGAAAAUAAACAAGCAAAGCAUCAUUAGCAAAUUGUUUGCAAUUUUGCUGAGAAUACGUGUGAAAAUUAACAAUUAGUGAUAAAAGCCGAUAACUCUUCCACAGACCCCUACAGUGCCAAUCUUCGCUGCAACUUCUACUGAUAAGAGAUAUCAAUUUUGAGAGGGAAAUCCGCACCUGAAAUUCAAUCCUACAAGUCAUUCUUGUCUAUCGACUCUCUUGGGACGUGUGGGAAGAACUUUCCGGGGAAUUUUGUGAUCGGAAAUGGCUCUGAAGUGGGGCAUCGUGACUACAGGGUUGAUUGCUCAUGAUUUCGUGAAUGCUGUGUCCACUCUUCCGGCUAAUGAGCACGAAGUGGUAGCCGUUGCAGCACGUGAGAAGAGCAAAGCGGAGGAAUUCGCCAAGACCCAUGGAAUCCCGAGGGCAUAUGAAGGUUACGAGGCCGUUGCAAAAGAUCCGGAAGUUGAGGUUGUCUACGUGGCAACACUCAAUACAACCCACUAUGCUGUGGCCAUGCAGAUGCUGGAGCACGGGAAGCAUGUUCUGUGCGAGAAGCCACUGUGUAUGAAUGAGAAGGAAGCCCGGAAGCUCAUAACAUUCGCAGAAUCCAAAAAACUCUUCAUCAUGGAAGCCAUUUGGUCACGUUUCUUCCCAUCGUAUCAGUACUUAAAGCGUCAAAUUGAUGCUGGAACACUCGGGGAGAUCAAGGAGGUGAAUGUCACGUUUGGAUUUCAUCUCGACAGUGACAGGGUGCAGCAGAAGAAACUCGGCGGGGGGACAAUCCUUGAUCUCGGUGUCUACACCAUUCAAGUGAGUCAAUGGGCCUUCCGGGAGCCACCAAAGGAAAUCAAGGCCACGGGAAACCUCAAUGACGAUGGGGUGGACAUUGAGAUGAAGGCUGAGCUAAUCUACAGCAAUGGUGUGGCCAAGAUUCAAACAAGUGCCACUAAGAAGCUCAAAAAUGAGGCAGUUAUCAUUGGAACGAAGGGACAAAUUACGCUGAACGAUACCUUUUGGUGCCCCAUUUCGCUAACAGACGUCGAUGGAACAGUUAAAACAUGGCCCCUCCCACAGGCAAGGCAUCCCCAUUUCAACUUCCUUAACAGCUGUGGUCUUCGCUAUGAAGCUGAAGAAGUCAGGAAGUGCAUCACAGCUGGGCAGCUGCAGAGUGAUCACGUCAGCCACAAUGAGAGCCUCAUAAUUGCAAAGAUUGAAGAUGAACUUCGUCGUCAAAUUGGCGUGAAAUACGAUGCUGAUUCCCAAUAAAAUUUCCUGAAUUUUCACCUCAUCGUGCUCUCAAAAUUGGCCUUAAUACUUUGAUUAUUUUUUUUUAUGCAUGAAAAUCUAAUAAUAAAUUGAAGGAAAAUAUACAAAGUUUAUUGCACAGAAA